GAGAAUCCUAGUCGCUCUAAAAUGGUUAUUAUUAUUAAUUAUGAAUUAUAAUAUGAUUUAUUUGGUUUUGUUUUCGACUGAUAUCCUUCCCAUUAUUUCCGACUAAUUAAUUUUGUUUCACAUUCCACCUGUCAAUACAUUUUAACAUUUUUACCAAGUCAAAUUCCUGUUUCCGUUUAUUAUCCUUUUCGCAAUUCUUCAAAACUUUUGGGCAAAUGAUUUCGAUGUUCCUGGAAAUUUACAGUUUUGGAAUUUGUGAGGAAUUGAGGGUUCGUUAGAUAUGAAUAUAGUCAAUUAAAUUUGCAUUGGGUCUUUACUGUUCUGAUAUGCAUGAGAACUUUCUUGAUUAAUUCAUGCGUACGCAAACUCUCCUGGGUCCAUUGAGAACCUGGGAAGCAAACUCUUUCUGAAAAGCUUCUGCUGCAUUUGGAAUCAUUGUUCAAUUAGGUUUUCCCCCUAAUUCUGCAUUGAAUGGAACAGUCGAAAUUGGCUGCAGAAUCUCCCUACAAGGAGAUAUCAGCCAGAUGGGAUCCAAAUGAAGCAUGCUUGCCUGUAAUUGAUGAAGCACCUGUAUUUUAUCCGACUGCUGAGGAGUUUGAGGACACCCUUGGUUACAUAGCAAAGAUACGCCCUCUGGCUGAACCACAUGGCAUAUGUAGGAUAGUCCCUCCACCUUGCUGGAUUCCACCCUGUCCUCUGAAGGAGAAAGAUAUUUGGGAAAAUGCUAAAUUUCCCACCCGUAUUCAGCAGAUUGACUUGCUUCAAAAUAGAGAGCCAAUGAGAAAGAAAAGCAAGGGAAGGAAACGGAAACGAAGAAAGAAUUCUAAAAUGGCAACCUGUAGGAGACUUGCUAAUCCAGAUUCAGAAGUUAAUGCUGCUUCUGAAUCUGAAGAAAAAUUUGGAUUCCAAUCAGGACUUGAUUUCACACUAAGAGACUUUCAGCAAUAUGCUGCUUUUUUUAAAGAAUGCUACUUUGGGUUGAAAGAUAUCAAAGACAAUGGACAAAUUUGUGAUGAUAAUUAUCAGAAAAGGCAGGAGCCCUCUGUGAAGGAAAUUGAAGGUGAAUAUUGGCGAAUAAUUGAGCAACCAACUGAUGAGGUCGAGGUGUAUUAUGGAGCUGACCUAGAAACUGGGGCACUUGGAAGUGGUUUUCCAAAGGCUGAUUCCUUAACUAAGAGUGACUUGGAUCAGUAUACACUAUCUGGCUGGAAUCUGAAUAAUUUCCCUCGGCUUCCAGGUUCUGUAUUAUGUUUUGAAGGAAGUGAUAUCUCAGGAGUUCUGGUGCCUUGGCUAUAUGUUGGGAUGUGUUUUUCAUCAUUUUGCUGGCACGUUGAGGAUCAUCACCUUUAUUCGCUAAAUUAUUUGCACUGGGGUGAUCCAAAAGUCUGGUAUGGAGUACCUGGCAGCCAUGCUACAGCUUUGGAGGGUGCGAUGAGGAAGCAUAUGCCUGAUUUGUUUGAGGAGCAACCAAAUUUACUUAAUGAACUGGUCACUCAACUAUCACCUUCAAUUCUUAAAUCUGAAGGAGUGCCUAUAUUUCGCACUGUCCAGCAUUCUGGGGAAUUUGUAAUUACCUUUCCAAGAGCAUACCAUGCUGGCUUCAACUGUGGUUUCAACUGUGCAGAAGCAGUGAAUGUUGCUCCUGUAGAUUGGUUACUGCAUGGACAGAAUGCUGUUGAACUUUAUAGUAAGCAGUGCCGUAAAACAUCAUUGUCACAUGACAAGUUGUUAUUAGGAUCAGCCCAGGAAGCUAUACAGGCCCUUGCCGAGGUCGUUCUUGAAGGAAAGGAAACUCCAAAAAAUUUGAAAUGGAAAAGUGUCUGUGGGAAAGAUAGUGUUCUUACCAACGCAGUUAAGACAAGGAUAAAGAUUGAGGAAGAGCAGUUACAGUGCCUUCGAACUCCUAUAAAAUUGCUGAAAAUGGAUAUCAACUUUGAUUUGGAUAGGGAAAGAGAAUGCUUUGCUUGCUUCUAUGAUUUGCACCUUUCUGCUGCAGGCUGCCAAUGCUCUGUUGAUAAAUACUCUUGUCUAAAACACUCAAAUUCAUUUUGCUCAUGUGGAGUUGACGAAAGAUUUAUUCUAAUUCGUUAUACUAUGGAGGAGCUGAAAGAGUUGGUUAAAGCAUUAGAAGGAGAGUUAGAACCUAUCAAGGUUUGGGCGAACAGGACCUCUGGCGUGGUUUCUGUAGAUGCUGGGGACGUUUGUUUAGAUAAGCCAUAUGUGGGCAGAGAAGUGUGCAAAACUAAGAUCAAUGAAGUGGAAAGUUCAUCUUCUUCUGCAAGAAUCAAGAAGUCAAAACUAAAUGAAGAUCCUCAUAGUCAUGUUUCUUCAGAAUUAGUCCAGUCAGAUUCUCAAGUGGAAAGUGCACCACAGCACAUUGUAGAUAGUCAUAAUGACAAUGUUAAUGUCAAAUGUUUGGUCAUGGAUGAUGGAAUUAAGGUUGCAUGGAAUUGUUGCAUGGGUUUAAAUCUUAAUGUUCUGUCUGAUCAAAAUGAAAAUUAUAUCCUGCCUAUUGCUGAUAGCAAAUCAAACAAGGGUAUUGGUUGUGUUGAAAAAGUCUGUUGCCCAGACUCGCUAAAGGAACAAGAUGAUGUGGUACUCGAAGGAAAUGUAUCAGACAUGUUUUCUCCAUUGAAGAAAGAUUACUCAUUGUGUUCUAGGGGUGAUCGAACUUCUAGUAAAUUUGAUGGUGGCAAGAUGUCUGUGGAUGAUCUGUCAAUGCAUCAGAGAAUGAGAGUAUUACCUAACAGUGCAUGUAAAAUGGAAGCAAUAGACAGUUUCAAUAAAAGUACAUCUUUGGAAAACCAAAGCUUUCUAAUUCGAAAGUUUGCAAUAUCUGUUGAACCUAUAAGCCUCGGCUCCAUUGUGCAUGGAAAGCUGUGGUGCGGUAAGCACAUGAUAUGUCCAAAAGGAUUCAAGAGUCGUGUCAAGUUCUUUAGCAUGCUUAAUCCAUCAAGAAUCUGUAGCUAUAUUUCUGAAGUUCUUGAUGGUGGCUUAAUCGGACCUCUUUUCAAGGUUAGUAUGGAAGAACAUCCAAGUCAAGGUUUCACGAACAUGUCAGCAGAGAAAUGCUGGGAAUCAGUUCUGGAGAGAGUAAAUCGUGAGAUCAUCAGGCGCAGAAGCCAAGGGGAACUAAAACUUCCUCCAUUGGAGCUUCUGCAAAGCAUCCAUGGUUUAAAAAUGUUUGGGUUCCUUUCUCCAUCAAUUAUCCAGGGUAUUGAAGCUCUUGAUCCCAGUCAUCAAUGCAUAGAGUACUGGAAUCACAAGGAAUUAAUCUCUUCUGUAUCUUCCAGCAGUGCAAGUGAUGACGUUAAGUUUGUGCAUGGCAGUUCAAGUAGCCUGUCAGAUGAUGUCGACACCAAAUUUUUCGGCAUUGAUUUGACAAAGCAGGAUGAAAAUGAUGAUAAACUUGCAGGAGCAAAUCGCGACUCGUUUGAAGGGAUGAAACUUAUACUGGAAGCAUUGUUGAAGAAAGCGAGUCCUGAUGAGUUAAGCACAAUGCAGAAGUUACUGGGGUCUGAUGCUGAAAGUUCUCAGUGGAGAGUGGAAAUUGCGGCACUGAUAGAGGAGAUCCAGAAAAGCUUGUAGAUAUAGAAAAAUAAUAAGAUCUCCAUUAUUUCUGAUUCAUGGUAGCCAUACUCCAUUUAGCCAUUGAUUAGGUCCAUUCUUUGAUCAGAGGUACAUGAAAGAGAAGGUUGCUGGGUGAGGUUGGGACCAAAUUUGGCUAAUUUUGCUCACUUGUACCCCACUUAGCAAUAACCUGAUAAUAUAUGGACUAUGUCAUUGACCCAUUAGGCUAUUACAAAUGUAGUAGUACUAACUUUUCUCUUGAAAUGAAGUUUUCCUUUUCAAAGUCA